GGCGGUACCAAAAUACAUCACACAUGGUACCGAAACCGGAUUAUAUGUCAUGUCUUCAGAAUAACUGUCGCCAAGGAAACGACAUUUUCUGGUAGAUGGACAUUGUAAGCGAAAAGACAGUUUGAACGACAGUUUGAUGUGACUAUCAUGCAUAUGCAUACUGAUUGCCAGGUAGUAAAGCGAGGAUGAAUCUUCAGUCAGCAUUGCUCCGUCUUCUGCUGCUGCCAGUCGUUUCCUCUCAAAUAGAAUGGCUGCACCGUCCACAGAGCCAGGCUGUGAUAGAGGGCCAUGAUGUCCGCCUGGACUGUCAGGUAAAGGACUUAGCAGGAAGGAUUCUGGUCUAUGAAUGGAGGUUCAAUGGUAGCCAGAUACAGACAAAAGCUGCAAUAUUUGGGAACAAUUCGCUGCUGAUUCCACAGUAUUCAUCGUCUGAUGUUGGCCUUUAUGAUUGUGUCAUCUCAAGCUCAAGAAAUGUUUCACCUGUCUCAAAAACCGCAACAGUCAUUUUGGCUUAUAUCAACAAGUUCCAGCUGAGCCCAGCAUCAGUUCGAGUAGAAGUCAACACGUCCGUGACAUUUGAGUGCAUCACAGGUUCAAGCGCUCCCUAUCCUAGAGUGUACUGGGAUCUCAAUGGCAAGGAGUUCCUGGGUGGGGAACAGAUAACUGCCUCCUACGGAGACUACGAUGCAACAGGGCUCAGUGCUCAAUACUCCAUGAAGCUGAUCCUCACUAUAGACAGGACCAAUAUUGGAAUCCUCCGCUGCAUGGCGCUAAACACGCUCUUGAAGCGGAAUAUCAGUAGUGUAGAUGCAGCAAUAUUCCUGAAAGAUGUCGCCACGCUGCCAGUUCUGCUGGCUCCUCCUGCUGCCGAAGUCGUUGCCCCCGUCAACACAUCCCUGGUGUUGGACUGCCUCGUACAGGGCAAAGAUGUACUUGUUUUAUGGUUCAGAAAUGAUGCCAGUAUCAAUGGGAGUUCUACAAGUUACAUAUUUUACAAUGGAAGUCUGAUAUUCACGCGAGUGUUACUAGAGGAUGCUGGGAUAUAUUACUGUCAAGGCGUUAACGCUGUGGGAACUGUCACGUCAGCUCCGUCUAAUGUUACUGUCACAGUGUUGAAUGUAGACUUUCAAGCUGAACCAAGUGAUGCAACCAUCUUUGCUGGCCAGUCCUUGACCUUGAAAUGUGUUCCACCAAUCAGCAUACCUCCUGCUCGAGUCACAUGGUAUAGAGACUAUCAGCCAUUACAGUCAAUAUCCCCCAGUGCUGGAGUGUGGGACCUACAACUUCAGUCUGUGCAAGCUGAUGAUGAGGGAGACUAUUUCUGUGUGGCUGAGAACUCUCUCUCCGUCCCCACCAGUCGAACGUCCAGGGUGGCCACAGUUACAGUACAAGGUGCACCAAUAUUCACUGAACCUCCACUGAACCAGAGAGUUAUCAAAGGGAGACUACUGCAGUUGACCUGCCAAGUGCAAGGUUCACCCACUCCGACAGUCUCUUGGUUGUUCCAUGGAAGGAAACUGUCACCAUCCAGUCAGAUUAGCUUCAGGGCCAGUAACCAGGAACUAUUUAUCAGUAAUGUUGACAAGUCCCAUGAAGGAAGGUACACCUGCAUUACACACAAUGUGUACGGAACCAAGUCCGUCAAUGUUUCCGUCAUUGUCAUUGUCCCACCAGUGACUUUGAAAGAUUUUGGUACCAUUGUCGUGACGUCUGGUGACACAGCCAUCUUGCCUUGUGACGUGUAUGGCGAUCCCAGACCAGAUGCUCACUGGUUCACAGAUGGGAAGCAGAUUGAAGAAGAUGGCCGCAGAUCCACUGUGAACCUGUCGUUGUACAUAGAGAACGUGACGGCGGCCGACCAGGGACACUAUGCCUGUAGAGCCGAUAACGAAGCUGGAGGGACUUGGGCUAAUGGAACACUCUCUGUCCAGGUUCCACCCAAGAUCACUAAAGGUCCAGUGGACAAGGUGGUUGUGAUUGGUCAGUCAGUACUCCAAGCCUGCAACACUCAAGGAGUGCCCUCCCCUACGAUACAGUGGCGGUUCAAUUCUACAAAGUAUCUGCCGGAAGGUGUGUCACUGUUGUCGGACCGUAUCACGCUGAAGAUCCCACGUGUAGACUGGCUCCACGUUGGGACCUACACCUGUGUAGCCACCAACAUCGUCGGUCUGGACAGCAAGUCUGGGACAAUCAAGCUCAAAGUUCCUCCGUCCAUCAAGAACGUGACUGGCAAUAAUAUAGUAGACAAAGGGGAGACAAUCCUUCUGGACUGUCUAAAUGGGGGAACACCAACACCACAGGUUGAGUGGACUCACAAGGGGGAAGUAAUUCAGGAAACUCUAGAUGGGAGAGUUACUUUUCCUUCUCGACAAAGGCUUAGGAUAAUGUUCUCUACAGUACAAGAUGCAGGGUUGUAUGGCUGCCGUGUGAGCAACGAUGUGGGCAAUGCCACCAGGACACUUCAGGUGUAUGUUAUAGAGCCGCCCAAGCCGCCGGUCCUGUCAAAUGCAGUUGCGCUGUCCAAGUCCUCCGUGGAGCUGCUGUGGAUCCCCAACUCACAGGAGCCUCUCACCAACGUCACCGGCUAUGCUGUCAAUUACAAGAAAAGACCAGAGACACAGUACGUGACGUUCCCAGGACGACUGCCUCCAACCCUGCUGCACUACGAGGUGGAGAACCUCCUGCCAGGCACCAAGUACACCUUCACCAUCUCCGCUCAGAACUCAGCCGGCCUGGGAGUUCCCAGCAACGCCCUGACUGUCACCACACUGGAAGCAGGGCCAUCUGCACCGUUGAGGUUGCGUCUGCUGUCGACGUCUGCACGUGGUGCCAGGUUGUCCUGGGAGGUGCCGGCACAGCAGAACGGGAAUAUCCGGAAAUACCAGGUGCAGUACAGGGAGAUGCUGGAGACAGACACUGGCAUAACAGAAUAUGACGUUCAGGAGAUAUUAGACCCAAACCUCCCAAACCAAGAGUUUGAUCUGCUUGACCUUCACCCCUACACCAAGUACGAGAUCAGAGUGCGGGCAGCCAACCGCGAAGGGGAACAGGACCUAUGGGGUCCCUUCUCUUCAGCUCUCACGCUACGGACUCACCCCGCACCUCCUGACUCUGGUCCCCGACACGUGACUGCUGUAGCUGUUGGUUCCCGCAUUGUGGAGGUCACCUGGCAGCCUCCCCCUGCUGGUGAUGAGAACGGCCCUAUCACCAGGUACACAUUGAGGUACCGACAGCUGCUGUAUCACACUCUGUACCUGGAGAAACACAUCCUCAACUCCACCUCUGUCAACCUCACAGAGUUGUCUCCCUGGACGAACUACUUUCUGGUGAUGGAGGCUGAAAACUCUGCUGGUCGCAGUCCCGUUUCUGAUCCAGUGUCUGUUCAGACACUCCCUGAAACUCCAACACAUUCCCCUGUAAACCUACAGGUUAUUUCCAAGACUUCUAACCAAGUGGGAAUCACAUGGGAGGUCCCCCCCGUGAGAGAGUGGAGUGCUCCCUUGUCAGGUUGUGUGGUGCAGUACAAGGCUGCAGCAUCAACAACGUGGAGGAACAUCACCAUCACCAACAUCUCCAUCACCACAGUGAAUAUCAGUGAGAUGACUCCAUGGACUGGCUACAGUAUUCGUGCUGCUGUGUACGCUGUUCUAGUUACACCAGGGCUAGGUCCGUUCUCAGCUCCAGUUGAAGUGAAGACACUCCCUGAUGUUCCAGGUCCUGUGGAACAGCUGGAGUAUGCAACCACCAACUCCAGCAUAUCAAUAUGGUGGCUCCCCCCACAGACACUGAACGGGAAGUUGCAGCAUUACACCGUCACAUACGUUGCUAUGGUGAACACACCGGUCGAGACCCCCAGGGACACAGUGCAGGUCUUGCCAGGGCUACCAGUUGGUCAGCAAGGUCAAGGACAGUCAUAUCAGACUGACCAACAGAACACCACCAUCUCUGACCUGACGCCAGCCACUGUGUAUAAUGUGUCGGUUAGAGCCUCCACUGAUGCUGGGGAGGGUCCCGUCCAGUACGUUGUCAUCAGUACAACAUACACAGAGACUCUGACAGACGAUCCUCCCUUGCCAACUACUGACAUAUCAACAGAUGCUACUGUCAACACAACUACUAAUUUGUUGACUGACCCUGGUGGGAACUCCAGACGGAACCUUCCAGUGAUUGUGGCUGGAGCUCUCACUGGGGGGAUUUUCCUCCUCGUCCUGCUUGCAAUCAUCAUCUGGAGAUGCCUCAAGAAACGCAAAGCCGGGAGGGACCAAUAUAUGAAAUCCAUGGUGUCUGGGGUCCGCAUCACAAAAAGAGAAUCAGGAAAUUUCGAUAGACAAAUACUGGACCCCGCCCACACUGGAGAUGAUGACAUGGCGACACAAACCGAUGAUGACAGCAAUGUACAUGAAACACAGCAACGCUAUGGCAGCUUCAACUCCCACGACCCCAUUCCACAAUCACCCAACUCCAUCGACUCUGUAGAUAUCAACGGUGAUCCUCCUCCUCCAUCAACAGGAUCCGACAAGAAGUCAGGCAGCUUCUUCCGUAGUUUACGCAACAGCAUAUCAGGCGAUUCCGUGUUUGCUAUCUCCUCAGGUUCAGGCUUUGAGAACCCGUCCUAUUUUGAUGAGCGUAUGUCGGCGACACUCCCCCGACAUGGCAUUCCAUCGAUGACAGCAGACCAGGUGUAUUCAGAGACGGAGAGGAGUCAGCGCAAGAACAGGAUGCGCAGCGAGAGCGCUGCGGCUAUAGCCAUCAUGAGGAGCAGUGGUAACCUAGCAAUAGCAUCCGACGACACCGACUCGCUCAUACACAACGAAGCUAUCGUAGUUUACAACGAGAGAACUGCACUGUGACACCUGACGUCUCCACAGCGAUCAUCUUCUGCCUCACCAGCAAAUGCUGGAAGUCAAACCUACAGGGGCUUACAAACAAAUGUGAUAUGUUUAUAGUGCUAUUGAUGUACUGUUUGAUGAUGAAGAAUACUCAGCUUUCAGAUAGAACCUUGCAUGGUGAAGAGGGUGCCUGACUUCUGCAUAAAACACAGAAAAUGUUAUAAUGUUAGCUUGUGGGGAUGUAACAUUUUUCAUCCCAAACUUACUUCUGGGUAUUGCUGGGUUGAUACGAAGUCAUAUCUCUGCCGGUCGUAGCUGUACUGCAAACAGAAAAAGGUUGAAGAAUGACCUUGACAUUCAUCAAGUGAAAUUCCCGUUUUCUCUUGGGUCAGAGGUCAGCUGAUGGUAAUCUACUGAGUGUUGCUAGGAUUUCAUCAGAAUCAUCUUCAGGUCACAUGGUCUUGUGUUCACCUGGUGUUAUGUCCAGUGGUGAGGCCAAACCAGUUUUUGUGGUAUAAAUUUUCAGGGCAAAUUUGUCAAGUGUAAGAUCCAAGAUCUGGACUUGUUGCAGGUCUAUGACAAAAACACUAAAUUCUUGAUUGAUGUUCACGAUAUUAUUAUGAAAUAACUUUUAAGGGCAAAUCUUUAUUGUUUUUUGUGAAUAGUUUUUAUUGAAGUUGAUGUAACAGUCUGAAAAACAUGUACAAUGUCUUUUGUAUGAUAAGAAUCAUUUUUGUGUAUAUAAAGCAUAAUUUCUGUUGGA